AUGCGAGCCAUCUGGUCCCGGGCAACGUCGAACCCGGGUACCUGCAGAUGCAUCUCAUGCGUCUCGUUCUCCGGCGCUCUCGCUAGGCGCAGCGGGCAGACUGCUCUUCGCCGCACGCGGGCAAUCGGCACACCUACGUCGACCUUCGUAUACACGACCAUAUUCGCUGCGGGGCUGGCCAUCGAUGCGAGAGCGAAAGCCGCUCGGAACACACAAUGGGAGAAGGCCUUUUCCUCACUAGCCCAAUCUACUGGUGACGGGCCGCCGGUAGACGGAGCGAAAAACAUAGACACGGCGACUGAUUCUGUGACCUUGGGGCAUGGGUACCAUGGCUUGACCUUUGAUGAUCUUCCGGACGACUUCGACUGGAGCGCAUUGGAGCGUAUUGUAGGCAUGGAAUUGGAUGAGGAUCCAAUCUUGGAAAAUCAAGAAAUCCGGUCACAAAUUCGCGAUUACGCUGAGCUGGAAGACCUGCGGUUCGACUCGAGGUUCCCAGGUAUGCAGCUUCUGGAGUUCCCAACAAAUACCGGUCCUGAGCUUAUACGCUACAACUUGCCGCCCCAGUCCUUGUGGGCGCCAGACGCACUACGCGUAAACGCCCUACAAAGGCGACACUCGUGGAAGAAGCUGGCCAUGCAGGAACUCUCCACCGGUCUCCUUAUACACGAACUACUGCACAAAAACAAUGUGCCUAGAUUCGACAAGGCUUGGGAGGUGGAUUCCGACAAUUUGUCACAGCAGAUCCAGGACGUCAUAGCCAUGAAUGCUGUGGAGCGUGAGCAAGCGCGCCAAAACAUCCUAGAGGCUCUUGAAAACCUCCAUCAGAUUCCUGUUGAUAGUCCGCCAGACGUGAUUGCUCAAGCUCGAAUUCACCCAGAUCAUCCAGGAAUUCCGGAAUAUUAUCAGGACGUGGAUGGAGACUUUUACGCUAUCACGAUCCAAAUGAAUCAGAGCAUCCAAAAGCUGUUUGAAAGCGACGUACACGGUAACGACCGCAAAGAAGCUGUCGUGCUUGCAAAGAUCUGUCACAACCUCCUCGUUUCAUCGGCCUCACCGGACUUACAGACAUUCAACACUUUGCUGGUAGGUUUUCGACAGUGGCGACGUCGAAACCUCAUAGAUUGUGUGAUACCCGCCCUGAACUACAACAAGAUUCGUCCGAACGAGAUUACCUGUCGAGAAAUACUCAAUCACUACGCGUCCCUGAGGCAUGGAAACCCUGAAGACUUUUCGAGGUUUGUCGCCAGGAUGAGAGGUGUAGGCGACGGGCUUAUGCUCGCAACUCCCAAAGUCAACGUCAACGAAGCCAGUCAUGGCCGGCUCGUGAGGGUAGAUGAAAAGAAGGUCUACCAGAAGGUCCACCCAACACCCAUGGUAUUUAGUUCCCUCAUAACUGGUGUCAUGCGAUUCGCAGGGUUCGACCGAGCGCUUGACAUCUACUACGAGAUGAAAGCGGACGGCUGGGGUCUCGACGUUCAAGGUCUGACGAGAAUGCUCAACGACUGUCUCCGCCGCGCGGACUGGGAAGGGGGCCUAUACAUUUGGGGGGAGAUUAGCAGCAUCAAGACUAGAGUGAAUCAUGAAGACAUGACCAAAGCAUACGGUCAAAUGAUAGGCUUGUGCUCCAUUACCGGCAACACGGUCGCCUUCAACCAGAUCCUGACAGACAUCUCUACCGAAGGCUUCGACCGUGAGAAGAUCCUCAACCUCGCCUCAAGAAACGAACAUGUGGCAAAGAAGAAGAAACUGCAGCUCGCUCCCGCUUGGGUUGCAGAUAACGUCAUGAUUGCCGCUUCCGCCUACAUCAAGGACACAAGAGACGCGGAUGUAAAGGAUGCGCUAGAAGGCAUAGACGGGGACGAUAACACUACAUUCGUUCAAGGCGAGCCUGACGAUUCUGACGCGCAUGAUGCAGCUGGUUCAACGGAGGAUAUCGCGGAUAACACAGCCGACCCUAAGGAGGUUUGGGCGUCAUGGUUGGAGCGGGAGUUUGGAGAAAGACCGAAAGAUCCGGAGCCUUAG